AUGAACGGGCACGCUGGACCUAGCAAUGGUGCCACACCCUCCGGAAGCGAUGACGGCUACGCGAGCCAAAGCGACCCCUCCACGAGCACGGGACCGCAGAUCAACGGAUACGCGCAACCACCAAGUAUAUACGAAGCCCACAAUGGUGACAUUAUCAACCACUUGUUCCACGCAGGUUUCCAAACUGGAAACUACUCAGACACACUGCUACAUGUCCGAGCAACUGUGUAUCGUCUUCACGCCCUCAUUUUGUCUCGAUCACCAUACCUCGCACACUUGAUGUCUACGACGCCACAAACAAGUAAUCAGUGUAAUAUCUACGUUAAUCUCGACCACGAGCCCGAAGUCACGGACGAGGGGUUCCAUCUCGCCCUAGCAUAUCUCUACUCCUCCGCGGCUCUAGCUAAUGUACGCCCCGAGAACGCAAGGAGUGUCCUCGCCGCGGCCUGCUUCCUCGGACGCAUGGACGACUUGUGCGACUACGCCUACGAGAUGUGCCGAAUGUCAAUCACUCUCGAUUCCCUCCCCUCAUGGCUCGAAUUCCUCGACUCAGUCGCACCGCCGUCCUCAGACGGCUCGUCAACGCCUGUCGUCGACCAACACAAGCAUAUGCGCAUGGCCGUCUUCGGUCCGUACGCUCAGCGCCUCCGUGACGACAUCUUCAACUUCCUCGUCGUGCGACUGCCGACCCUCGUCAACUUUGGCGGCCAAGCCACCCCAGCGACGCCGACGACGCCACACCCCGAUGGGUCAAGCGCACCUGCAGAUACUGGCCGCGAGACCCUCCUUCAGGUGCACGCACGCGUGCCGUUUGAACUCUUCAAGGCCGCCGUCGAGUCGCCGUCGUUCAACCUCGGGUCGACGCACGCCCGCUUCAAAUUCGCCAAGGACGCGAUCGAGCUGCGCAAGCAGGGCAUCGCGCGCGGCGCCGAAGAGACGGUCGUGCUCGCCUUCGGGGGCUCGACGCAGUCUACGGGCGUGCUCGUCACGCGGAAGAUGCGCCGGCGCCAGCUCUAUAAGAUCGGCGACACCACGUAG